AUCAUUCUCUUCUUCUUCCUUAAGGAACUUGCCCACAACAAACAGUCCAAAUAGCUAGGAGAAGAUAAGUAUCCUAAAAGAAUCAACAACUAUACUACAGAGACACAUACCUGCUCUUCUCUUCUCCACCAACUGCCAUUCAACUUCAAGUAUUUUAUGCUUGGGUUGCUAAGGUAUCUCUAACGAACUGAUUACAGUUCAAGUCUGACAUCUGCUGAAUCAGUAGCUUCUAUCAAUCAAUACAAAACGGCUGAAACCUCGGAUGGAAAAUUAGAGGGGACUAUGGAAGUAGAAGGCCAUGAUGAAGAGAAGGAAGUAGUUUUGAAGGAAGAUCUCGAGGACCUGAAACCAGGGCUUGAAUCUGUGAAAGAUAUCACAGUUAAUGAAGAUAACUCUGAGCCAGUGAACGAUGCAGAUGCAGAUGUAGAUGCUGAGGAUAACAGUCCUCAGGCGGUAGCUGAACAUGUGGUUUCUUUGUCCCAGGAUUGGACAGAGGAGAAGAAAACUUCACCAUCUCUAGAUGGGAGUGAUGGGGUUUCUCAUGUUGUAACAGAUGCGGCGGAAAAUGGUUUUGAGGAAAAACCAGGGUCGUCUUCUGUUGACAGUGCUGCUGUUUCUGCAGUUGUUGCAGAUGAAGAAAUAAAAGAGCAACCUUCAAAUGAAACUGUUGCAGUGGAUUUGGUGCCAAUGGGGGUUGAGGAAACAACUUCUGAUGAGACUGUUGCAGUGAAUAAUAAAGCACCUCCUGCUCCAGCAGAUGUGGUUUCCAAGGGAAUUGAGGAAACGGAAAUUCCAUUUCUGAAUGACAGUAUUGGAGAGUCAUCAGUUCCUCGUGAUUUGGAAUCCAAGGAAAUUGGUGAUAAUUCAUUGCCAACAUCUGCCGAUGCUUUUGUUGUUGAGAACAGAGACACAGCUCAAGUGGGAAACAAGAAUGAGAUCCCUGAAAGCACAGGAAAUCCACCUGAUAUAUCUCUGGCUCGACAGCCUCUGCAGCCAACUUCGUGGAGGAGUUGCUGUGGUCUUUUUGAAGUCCUGCGGCAGCGCUCUGAACAAUAGAUCAAGGAACAUAUAUCUUCCUGGAAGUUGUGCAGAAUCACAAACUUGUGGGGGCAUAGGUUGCGUCGCGUUCUCAGCAUUUUCAAAAAACAAUUAUUCACGAGAUUAAACUAGUGAAGUUUGAUGAAUCAAUAUUUCAAGGCAGCUUCGAUAUGAUGUUUGUUUGUGUGAAUCGAUUUGUUUUUUGUAUUUACAUUGUACACAAAUCUUGCUCCUGCAUACUUUAGCUGCGUGAUAUGUUUUGAUUUUUGGUUUCUCUGCUUUCUAAAAUAAAUGCAUUUCAUAGAUAAAUGCUCCUUCUAGCA